AUGGACGCACACACCCCCUACGAAACCUUCAUCGUCGCCUCCCGCCACGGCGGCGCCCAGACGACCAUCGACCGCCUGAACCCCCAAACAGGCCAGGCAACGCCAGCCUACGUCCUGCACAAGACGCCGGGCCAGAAGACGGCCGCCGUGCUCUACGCCUCGGCGGGCCCGAACGCGCCCCCGGCCGGCACGUUCCGGCACCACUCGCUCUCGGCGGCCACGGACGUGACCCUGCGCGGCGGGCCCCUCUUCAAGAUGCAGCUCGUCGCCGAAGACUACCCCGCGCGCAAGCAGGUGUUUGCCUCGCCCGGCGGCGGCGCGCGGUUCACGUGGGGCAAGGACGCCGAGACGCUGUCCCCGCGCAAGCUGUCGUUUCGGGACGCCGCCACUGAGAGGGUGCUCGGCCGGUAUGCGAUGUAUCCGGACGGCAGGGCCGCGGGGCCGCGGCCUACGUUUUCGCUGUACGUGCCGCCGGGGACCGUGGACAUGGACAUGUUUGUGGUGACGGGCGUAGCGGCCAUGGAUCUUUGGGCGGGAGAGGAUGAGGCCGGGUUCAAGCUGCUGGGCAAGCUGUUUAGUUUCGCGGGAUGA